AUCAACACCAAGGUAAACAAUUUCACCUCCUCAGGAUAAUCAAAAACAAGUGAACGGCGAUGUGCGCACGUGUAGCCGUGGGCGUGAUAGCAUGGGCACUUCUAGCCGCCCACGCCUUGGUCGAAGCUAGCGGGGGCUACGACUGCGGCUACAAGACGGUGUGGCUCGACAAGACUGAAUAUAGGCCUGUGCCGCAAUACGUGGGCGGGAAAUCAGUUCGCAAUGACUAUGAACCAAUUUACUUAACCACGACGGUCCUCAACAAGCAGUCUGUGCCUUACUUCAUCACCCAGACGCAGAAUGUCCCCCAAUUCGUGACGAAGAAAGCGACUUUGCCGCAAUACAUCACUCACACCGUCAUCAACACUCACCCAAAAUACGUCACCGUCACGGAGAAGUCUUACGUCACAGUCUACGCCACGAGGACACGUAAGAUCUACGAGACAGUGUGUCCCAAGGGAUACGGACACGGCGGCGGGGGGGGAUACGGACAUCACUGAAGAUCACGUAUCUACGGAAAGUGUUUGUGUUGUUAACGCUGUUGAUUUGUAUAGUGUAGUGUAGUCAUUCAUACAUUAAAGAAUGUCAUUUGAUUGUCGAUCAGGUGAUAUUUGUAGUCAUUUCAGUUUCUUUUUUUUUAAGGAAGAUCAUUUCCAUGCUAUAUUGUGAUACUAUUUUACCAUUCAUAGUUAAAGAAUAUCAGUUAUAUUUUUGUUUUCUCUGUAUUUCGUUUAGUACUGAAUGCUGGUCAUUCAGAUAUCUGAAAAUAAAUUAUUUUGUUAUAAUGUAAGAAUCACGCAUGUCAGAUUAUUAUUGUUUUGUUAUUAAAUGUUUUGUCUUCGAGUUUUCUCUUUGUUUCGUGCAGGAUCACCUUUGAGGUCGGAUAUUGAUGUUGAUGAUGAAGAUAGUUCUGAUAACUAAAAUGAUGAUGAUUAUAAUAAAGAAAUACAA